AUGUUUGGCGAUGGGCAGCUGCUCGCAAGUUUGUUGCGAUACGCGCCGCAGCUGCUGCUGACGCAGUUUCCUUCGCUCCUGCUUGGCAUGGCGGCCGGCUACUGCGGCCUCCUGCUGCUGUUUGGCCCGCUUCCGCUGCUCUCCGGCGUGCUGCAGCUUCUUCUUACGGUGGCGAUUGCCAAGGCGCUGGCGACCGGCGCCCGCGUGGGGAUUGCGAAGGGGAUCGCGCUCUUUGAGGGGCGCGUGGGCGGCGCCGGCGGCGGCAACGACGGUAGAGAUGAGGGCGGAGCACGCGCCGACGCCGACGCCGACGCCGACGCCGAGCUGGACUGA